CGCUUCAGUGAACCUAUCAGCGAGCGGGCACGAUGUCGCGAAGUCAAUCUCGGGUGUUUGAGGAUGGGGGGGAGGACGAGAAUCUGAAGGCGCAGAAGAAGUGCUGCGUGUACAAGUACAUCAGCGUGGGACAGAAUCUCAGCGAGAGAUUCCGCGGCAAUCGCAUGUUGAAGUGCGUUUUCUGCGGCCACGAGUUCCAGGGCAACCAGUUCGUGGCAGCGCGCCAUUUCCUCCAGGGCAAGGGAUGUCCGGAAGUGACAGACGAUGCACUUGUCGACAUCCACUAUAACAGUGAGUAUCGCGGCAAUCGCAUCCUAGAGCGGAUACAGCGAUUUGAGGACCUUCACGGUGCGGCGCCUGCGGUGGAUCCGCAAUGGGACGAGGGGGGGGAGGGAGAGAUGAGGGACGAGGGGGAGCAGAUCAAUGUGGACGACGACGACCAGGAGGUUGCACAGGCGGGGUCGUCAAGGAGGGAGCGAGGGAAGGGCGUUGUCAGCGAGCCGAGGGGGCAGCAGGGCCAGUACUUUGCGUUGGCGCACGUGUCGGUUCGUGCACGGGCAGGUGCGGAUACGCCUGAGGCAAGUGCAUCUACGGGGAAGAGGAAGGAGAGAGAGGAGGGGGACAGACCGACGGCAGCAGCCGCAGCACAGAAGAGGAUGAGGCAGAAGACGAUCACGGAGUCGUUCACUUCAAAGUGGCAGAUGGUGUUCAAGAAGAAGUGGCUGCGGUUUGUGUACAGUCAGCGCCUGGCGUUCAACGUCUUCCGGAGCGAGCCAUGGUUGGACGUCGUCCGACACUUCAGGGACUUGCCGGGGCCAGUGAAGGUGUUGUGGCUUUCAGAGAAUGAGAUCGCGGACAUAGAGACCAUUGUCCACACGGCGGACGAUGUGGGAGAUGAUCUCGUGGAGGUCAAGGCUCCUUUCUAUGUCACGGGGGCCACCAUUAUGUCAGACGGAAGGAAGUCACGCGAUGCUAGACCCAUCGUUAACUUCCUUGCCGGCGGGUCGCGUGGGGUGAUGCUCGUCCAGACGAUGAACAGGGAGGUGCAUGUCUGCAACAAGAUGUUGUCAGACAUUGGCUGUUCGGGCCCGUGGUCCAAGGACAUCAUCGUGAGGGGGAGAGCGGUGGUGCGCUUCAUUAAGGAGCACGGCGCCGCUCUCCAUAUCUUCCGGGGGGAGAGCAGUCAGAUUGGCCUCAUCUAUCCUUGCGAGACACGUUUCGCAUCCGUGUUCGCGAUGGUGGAGCGUUUGCUGGCAGUGAGGUCAGCUUUGGAGAGGACGGUGGAUGGCGAUAGUUGGGGUAUGGUCCAUUGGGACCAUUCAGUUCGUCAUUUGGCUAGGUGGGUCAGGGUGCAGGUGCGACAUAAGAGUUGGUGGGAUUCCAUGGGCAUCUUGCCCCGUAUCAUGGAGCCUAUGUACGACCUGCUGCGCAGGUUGGACCGCGGAGGGCUGCACAUGUCGAGGGUGGUUGAGUGGACGCAGGAUCUGGCCCGCCAGGUGGCAGAGGAGGUUUGUGCACGUCCGCCAGAUCUUGCACACUACAUUGUGCAGAGGGUGCAGGCUCGAUGCGCUCACAUGCUGGAGUCGGCGCACGCCGCUGCUCACCUCCUCUGUCCCAGCCGGCGGGACUUGCGGUACUUCGAGGGCGUGGUCAGCGACUACAACGCGAGCUUGGUGAGGGAGGCGGAAACUUACAUCUUGUCGCAGACAGGGUUCAGUGUGGUGAGCCACGACUACGAGACCGCAUGUGCACAGUUGCGCGACUUCCACACACGGAGGGGGACGAUUGCUUGGGGGGGGAGAGACAGAGACAGAGAUGCACAGAGGUGCAGGGGCGAUGCGGAGACGUACGAGUCCGGGUGUUGGUGGUCGAGAGCUCCUCCAGGUGAUGUGGGCGAUGUUUUCGGGACUCGAGCCGCCACAUUGCACCCGUACCCUCGAGACUACAGUGAUUCCGAGGGUCACGAGGUUGAGGAUGAGCCGGCGGGCCCCGCUAGCACCACUCCUGCGGCGGAUGAGCGUGAUGAGUGGAGCGACCUAGAGGACGUCCGUAGACGGAGUGGCGGAGAUGACCUUUUCAUUCAGGUUGAUUUGGAGGAGGAGUCUGGGGGUCGUCAUGGGAGCCCUUUUAGAGCCUUCGCGGACCCGAGUAGUUUCUCCCCUGCCAUGCGCGCAGAGGUGAUGUUGGGGGCAGAGGGGGAUGAGGACCGGACACCCCCUGGAGAGACAUCUGCAGAGAGGCUGGAUAGGCUUGAUAGUCGUCGAGCGUGCCUCAUGGCACAGAGGGACCCCAGGACGCAAGAGCUCGCCCGUCUUGCGGCCGAGGACCGACAAAGGCAGCUGGGGACAUUUACGCCGUCGUCUGUUGACGCGGGGCCAGCUGCCCACACGGAUACUCCGGCAGAGGUUCACGACACGACGCAGCGGGAGGCAGCUUCGACAGAGGUUUCGAGUACGGGAGUGGAUGUCCAGCAAGGGACGCACGAGAGCGGGUUGGCACCGACAGAGGAGCCACGUUCGGAGCCAGCGCAGCAUCCUGCCGUGGAGCGGAGGCCAGAGGAGACAUUGAAGGAGGUCCCCGACGUGCCUCUGCUUGCGGGUUCAUUCGAGAGUGUCGUGCAUAUGUCCCUGGGUCUGGAGGACAUACCGACGGGGCAGUCAGUGGGCGUUGAUGAUAUUCGCCCAUCGGCACAGGCGGAGGGGAUAGCGCUGGCCAACGGGGGGGACGGGGCCGUAGCGGGGACCGUUGGUAUGUCACAGAGUUUGGUGGUUCGCACUGCUGUGGGGCCAGUGGUGCCACAUCAGGCACCGUUUUUGGAGGGUUUUAGGCAUCCUGCACAUGGCGGUGGCCCGGUCGAGGAGCAACGUGUAGGCAGGGGCGCGUGCAUACCCCCGGUCCCUGCUUUUGCGCCGUCACGGACGAGGCCGGAGAUUAGGCAUGUGGCUACGCCUCGAGGCAGCCUCCCUUUUGGUUUUAUGACCGCUGAGGAGUUGGAGGACCACGGCAGGAGGGAUUUGACGGAGAUCGACCAGCGCGUUUUGAGGGGGCUUACCUUCUGGAGGUUCCGUCGCAGCGGCAUAGGGCGGGGUCGCAGGGGACUUACCUUCUGGAGGUUCGAUCGCAGCGCCAUCUCGAGGCGUCGCAGGCCCUUCGUCACCCUUGAGCGCAGCUCCGAGGGAGGGCGGCAGCCUCACCCCGAGCCAGGUUUGAUAGGGGUUUCCACAAGCGCGAGACGUCGAGAUGUUGUAGCUACAGGGUUUGGCAGUAGAGGGGGUGGCGGCGGUGGCAGUGGUGGUGACGGUGACGACAGACGUGAGGGUGCAAGCGGUGCCACGACGAGCACAGUGGAUCCGCCGCGGACGUACGGUUUGAGAAAGGCGUCGAUUAUUUUGGAGGAGCCUGAUGUUGUUACACAACAGAGGCAGACCCGACACGUGCCCUUAGAUUGACGCCAGGAGGGGGAGACUUCAGGGACUGACGGUCUGCCUAUGGCACGCGAGGCACGCCGACGUG